AGGGGUGAUUAUGGGUAGUGAAGUUAGCCCCUUUUUCUUGCCUUUCCUCUUCCUAGAAAGCCUAUGGUCGUGGCAGUGCUCUGAGAUCAUUGAAUCAUGUCGAUCUAAAUCUUCCUCUAGCUUGAAAAGUCGAUAUGGACACUCCGGACACCGCACAGGAAACUCUGGGAAAUCGUCAAUCCCGUGUUUUUUAACUUCGUGAUCUAUCAAAUUACGAUUACUUUUAAACGUCGAAUGGCAUUUUCUGCACUUCUUAUUCAUUGUGUACUUUAUGUUAGGCUAUACGCAAGGAGGGUUGAAAGCUCCCAUGAUGCUUUGCGCGCGCAAAACAUAUUAUCCCUCACCCUGUACACGCCUGUGGAUAAAGUUUUUCUAGCAUGGGAUGGUUGCGCUGGGAAUGCGAGGCGCGAAAAAAGUGCGAGAGACGUCCAUGGUCCCCACUCAUUCCAUGACCCAGCGUACAUUCCAGCGCUCUCCGGAGAUGCGCCGAAUGAUUCUGAAGCCAACAUAACCUGAUGACGGAAUCCUGUCUCCUCCACCUUCCACCGCAACACCCCUCUACUAGCUAUACCAGUUUUAUUCUAUCUCUGGUUGUGAUUUUGUAGCUUUGAUAGCUUACAGUACAGACAAAACGUGAAAAGAAGGGAAACGCUGCUUCCAAUAGUCUCAAUAAUGCUAAUGUUUGUUUGAGGUUAUUGCGGCUAAACUUCGCGGUUUUAAAGUUAUUAAUAAUGCAGCGAGCAUGAGCCAAAUACUUUUCACAUCGUCGUCUAAGUCUUCAAAAUCCUUGAGAAGUUCGAUUUGAAUGGGUUGAAAACGUACAAGCGUGAAUUUAGCAUUUCGUGCUGAUAUAUUUCAGUUAAGCCUCUAUAGAUUGAAACAUUUUUUGGAAUUAUUUUUGGAUUUAUUAUUUUGGGAUUUAGUAAUCAAGUCAAUCUGGAGCUGUCGCGGGCAGAUGGAAAUUUGUCUGAACAAUUUCACCACUUUCGAUCGAUAUCACUCGGCAAUGAGAAGUCUCAUCGGUUAAAACAGGCCAGCAAAGCAAGGCUAUUGUAAGUUCAAUUGAUAAAAAAUAAGCUGUGUAUUCCCAGAUACAUCGCUGAACGUCAACAUACGAUUUUAUACCGGAAGUAAAAUGCGGCAUAUAAGACAGAUUUAUGCGUGCGCAUAUCUGUAACAACACCGGGUAAUAACAAACCAAAUUGUACAUCUAAAAAAAGUCUGGCUCGCUUUCGGAUCAAAGACCGAGUUAAUUUGAUGUCUCAGCCGGUAUUUACAGAUCCUCAACUUACUUUUGCGUAAGGAUGGAUGAAAGUAACGGAGGCGAUCAUGAAACUGGUGAACCUAACGAAGAAAUGGCAGCAGACUACUUGAUUGACGAGAAGACUGAACUUGUGAGGGGUUUCCUCCAGGAGAAAGACAUCAUAGAAAGGGCUCACACGGAAGAGCUAGAUGAGUUAAGGCUGUCAUUUGAAACAGAGAAGGAGGCUAUGAUUAGAAGCUUUGACUGUGAGAGGGAAGAAAUGCGGCGACAUUUUGAUAAGGAAAAGGACAAGAUACGCUACGAGUUUCAGCAAGAGAAACAUGUUCUCAAAUUAGCAUUCGAAGACGAGAAACUCAACAUCGUGAGCUUCUUGGAGAAAGAGAUUGAGGAAUUGAGGGGAAAGUUUGAGAAGGAGAAGAAAGAAUUGAGGGAUCAUUUUAAUAAAGCGGCCAGAGAGCGAGAACAUCAGUUUAGACUUGAGAAAGCGGAGGCGGAGGGAAAGGUUCGGAGGGAAUUGGAGCGAGUGCAAGAGGUAGAAGGCGAAAUCAAGAGAACGCUGCUAAAGGGGCUAGGAGAUCUAGAGAAUAUUUACUUCAGUGAGUCAGCUGCUUUAGAACAUUGGCAGAAUAAUGAUAAGCCCGAGGCAGAUAUGCAUUUCAAAGGAAAAUUGGACGACUCUUUGAACGAAGAUCGCAAGCUGACAUUCAAGGAUUUAGAAGAUGAGCGCAAUAAGAUGUUUUUAUACCAUUCAACGCGACAGGGUGAAUUAGAGCAUGAGUUUUCAGGGGAGAUUGUAGAACUCGAACAGCGAUUUAAAGAACAGAAGAAGGAUUUAAUGAAUAUUUUUAAAAACGAAAAGCAAGAGCUUGAGGAAAACGCUAGAAGAGAGAAAGAAGAUAUCCGUCAGAAACUCGAAACAGAUUUCCGCAGGGUUUUAAAACACGAGAGGUCCAGGUUUGACGCCACACUCCAAGGUUUCGAAAACGAUAUUGCUAUGCUUCGUUAUCAGAAAGAGCAAUUAGAAAAAUCUUACUCCCUAGAGGUUGAGAGGUUGCAGUUUAGAUUUGAGAGAGAGCGACUGGAAAAUGAGAAAAGGGUUGGACGUGAAAAGAGGGAAUUGAAGCGCCUGCUAAGAGAGCAUUUUUCUCGGAAGAUGUACGAUGAACGCAUGAGACUCGACUGGGUGUUACGUCAUUUGGGGCUUGGGGGAUCGGGACAGUUUGCACAGGUCUCAAGAUCGAGCUCGUGCGAAUUCUUCCCUAGUUCAAACUCGAGUGUCACAUCGGGGUCUAGCGAGUUAUAGAUAUAAUUUGGAAAAAUGGCACAUAUAGUAUAAGAGCCCGGUAGACCCCAAUAAACUGUAAAUCCAGAGAAAUUCAGCCUACUUGAAUCGUCGGGGGUCUAGCGCGAGGCGGAGACCGGAAUCAGGAGUACGCGCGAUAAGAAAAAAAGGCUUCUGGUCUCAACGUCGCCCCCGAAAAUGGCUUACUUGUGGAAAACAAUGUCCUCAAUUUUCUAAUGUUUCUUUCCUUUCCUUUUCCUAUCUAAGUGGUACUAAACUAUUCAAUCACAAGUGAAUCCCAUUGUGAGAGUUCCUUGAAAGCUUUUAAAUAGGAACACAAACAAUAGGAUAAAAUUAGGAAUAUCUUUUCAUUGUCGAACAUAUGAACAUUUUGAAAAAUUAAUUUGCUUCUUUGGGCUAAGGUAAUUAGGGUUGGAGAUCAUCUGUGUUUUUCCAUGUUUUAAAAGUGUUCUCAAAAUCUUCAUAUAAAAAGGUGACCUAUAGAAAGUUUGUUUUUUCUCUAAGAGAAAGCUAAUAGCCCCGUCAUAUCUAAACCCGGUAAUGUGAAUAUAUCUUUUUAAAACAAAGUAUCUAAACAUAGUUCUGUUUUUCAAAUUAAAAACAUAUCAUGUUAAGAUUUUUUUUGCAUAGAGAAUUGUAUAGUACAAUUUACAAUUAAUUUCCAUAGUUAAAAUACACUUGUUGACUACUACUUCCGCACCAGUAUAACUGGUGGAAAUAGAAAUAAAUAAAAUAAUAUCUAGGAUAUGACAAUUUUUCAAGAUAAAUCUAUAAAAAUAUAUGUUAAAAUUACUAUUUAUUUUGUGGUAUUUUUCUUGACCACAGCCAAAGCUAAAAUUUUAUAUUGGAAUUAUCUUAAGCACUUGAAUCAGAAUUAGUUAUCUUCAAACUUUAAACAAUAAAUAUGUAAUAACCAUAAAUUGGUUGGCUAUACACCCUAUUUCAAUGAAAGUUGACUACUAUAAGUAAAUGAGAAUUGGUGAAUGCCUAACACCAGUGGUUAGAUGAAACAAUUCUAUUGUAUCUGUUAUUGUAUCUGUUAUAUUGUAUCUGUACUGUUA